AUGACCGAACGACGUCUGGAACGUCACGAAAAAGCGAAGAGUGCGGUUCCCACGUAUCCUGCUCGUGUGGAUAUUCGAGCCAGCGUACACAAUACUUGUGCGCGGUUGGAACCGCGCGCUCAUGGAGUCGUGAAGAUGUCGUUUCGCGACGAGGGUCCUCGUGACCCAAUAAACGCUCCACGAUCCAGCGCUUCUGACCUUCCGCUUCCACAAGCGGUCAUGGGCCCUCGCGACGGUAAUGCUGGCGUCCUGGUUGCCCAGAACGAUGUAGAUGCGGCGGUGAACAAGGCUGUCGAUGCUUAUCUGGAAGCUGAAGCUGCCCUUGAUCGAGCUGCGCGGGCUAAGAGAACACCGAGCGAGAUUCGACAUUCGAAGUGCGAGCAGCUUGAACGGAUGCGAAACCUGGAACGCCAGGUUCUUGGGCACGCGCAGAAUGGGACGCAGCCGCGUGCGAUGUCGCUGGCGCGUCGAGCAAGGCGAGAGGGAAGGUCGACCUACGAGCCUUUGACUCCGAGGACGGAGCCAACCCGUGAAGCGUAG